GGUCAGAGGUGUGUGGUGCACAGGCCCCUCCUGCUUCACACCGGAAGUGAGAUGUGGAAGCGCAACUGAAUGACAGAGGGACGUCCAAACAUCUGCAGAUUUAGAUUUAUUUUGAUCAGAGGGCAUUUUUCUGAGGCCAGAACCAGGAAUGGCGGCCUACACAUUGUGUCUCUGUAUUGCUGCCAGUCUCCUUUUAACUCAGCCAACAUCUGCCAAAAACGAUGCUCCCUGUCUGCCCGGAAAGUGGAACAAUGCCGCCCAAACCUUCAUCAAGCGCCAUCUUCCCAAAGGGACUCCGACUUCUCUGGACCAGAACCAGUGGGAGAAGUUCAUCAAGUCUCUGGGAGGCUGUGACAGACCCACGCAGUCGUUCCUCCACCCAGAUGAGCUGGAGAAGGUGAAAUCUGUGUGCUCCAGCAGAGGAGGGAAGGUGCUGAAAGAUAACCUGUGCAUCAGUAAGCAGCCAUUUAGUUUUGUGACGGUGAGGAGCAUCCAGGGAACCUGUGGGAUCAAGAGCGUCACGCAGGAAAACAAACACCUGAUCCUGGCCUGCGAGGUUUUGGAGAACCAGUGUGUCCCAGUUCACUUUGAGGGAAACUUCAGGGAUCAAAAGCCCAGCAACAACGCCAGAGACUGCCAGGACCCUGAGACCAGAGGCCAGGCUCCCACCUUUAAAGUGACGCCUCUCUGGUUGUUUGCUUUUAUGCUCAUUUUCUAUGCAUUCUGACUUUUUCGAAGGACAUUUUCAGGAACUAGAUAAGACUUGAGAUUUUUUAUCAGAGGAUAAUUUUACUUUCGGUUGUGGUUUUUGAUUUUGAAACAGUAUUGCAUCGUAAUCGCGUAAGCCAAAUAUAUUUCUUUCAAUUUUACCAAUAGCUUCCUCAGGUAUCUGCAUGUGUUUUCAGUCCAGUUUUGAGCUUGUUUUUCUAUAAUCGUUUAUUGCCAUGAUGUUCCAAGUUAUAUCAGCUAUUUCAGUAAUAAAAGGCUAAUUUUAGUUUUUGCGGGCCCAAAAUUUCUUGUUUUCUUUUAAGCAAAAGAAACAAUAAAUUUCAGGGUGCAAAACCUGUUUAUUAUACCAAUAUCAGGAUUUUAAAAUAUAUCAGAAUCAUGUCAGUCAAAUGUAUUUUCAAAACAUUUCAAUCUUAUUUAAUUUUAACAUUUCAUUUGAGACUAUAGGCCGUGUUUGCAUGUGUUUUCAGUCAGUUGGCUUUAAGUGUUGCACAAUUUAUGUUCUUUUUGAGUAAAAAUAGAUACAGUUUUGAUAUGAAGUGGAUUUAAAUUGGAAUGACCUCAGGACAUUAUAAAAAUGCACACAGACUGUUUAAUAAAAGUGUUUUAUUGAC